UUUUAGUGUGUACCGCUGGGAGCUUGUCCUUCAAGAUCUCCCUUCGGGGUCCUGGAUCUCUGGGAUCUGCUGACCCCGCCGCCCCGGGUGGGGCGCCGGCCGCACCCGCUCCAGGCAGGGGAGGGAGGGCACAGAUUGGCCCAGGAACUCGUCGGCCACUCCCGCCGUCCCGUCUGCAGCCAGAGCUUCCGCCCAGCUCCAGCCUCCGCAGCCGCUGCUCUGGCACCCUGGGCGUCCCGGGCUCGGCCCCCUGCCAGCCGUGGGGUCAGGAUUGUCCAAGCGCUUGGGGCUUCGCUUCUAUGUUCUCUAGUCGCACAUCCCGGAAGUCAAUCUCACACCCGGAGUCCGGAGGCGCCUCUGCCAUGGCAGAGGAUGAGGAGUACCGGAACCCCACGGAGGUGCAGAUGAGCCAGCUGGUGCUGCCCUGCCACACGAACCACCGCGGGGAACUGAGCGUUGGACAGCUGCUCAAAUGGAUCGACACCACAGCCUGCCUGUCAGCGGAGAGGCAUGCCGGCUGCCCCUGUGUCACGGCUUCCAUGGAUGACAUCUACUUUGACCAUACCAUUAGUGUCGGCCAAGUGGUGAAUAUCAAGGCCAAGGUGAACCGGGCCUUCAACUCCAGUAUGGAGGUGGGCAUCCAGGUGGUCUCUGAGGACCUGUGCGCUGAGGAGCAGUGGAGUGUGUGCAAAGCCUUGGCCACCUUUGUGGCCCACCGGGAGCUCUCCAAGGAAACUUGUGGCCCCCCGUCUCCCGGCCAACAGGGGAAGCUGAAGCAGGUCACGCCGCUGACAGAGGAGGAGAAGACGGAGCACGGUGUGGCCGCUGAGCGCCGCCGCAUGCGGCUGGUGUAUGCCGACACCAUCAAGGACCUGCUGAGCCACUGUGCCAUCCAGGAUGAUCUGGACAACAAGGAUUGCAGCAAUAUGGUGCCAGCUGAGAAGACCCGAGUGGAGAGCGUGGAGCUGGUGUUGCCUCCUCAUGCCAAUCAUCAGGGCAAUACCUUUGGGGGCCAGAUUAUGGCCUGGAUGGAGAACGUGGCCACCAUUGCGGCCAGCCGGCUGUGUCACGCCCACCCUACACUCAAGGCCAUCGAGAUGUUCCAUUUCCGAGGCCCAUCACAGGUGGGGGACCGUCUGGUGCUCAAGGCCAUCGUGAAUAACGCCUUCAAGCACAGUAUGGAGGUGGGGGUGUGCGUGGAAGCUUACCGCCAGGAGGCAGAGAAGCAGCGCCGGCACAUCAACAGCGCCUUCAUGACCUUUGUGGUCCUGGACAAAGAUGAUCAGCCUCAGAAGCUGCCCUGGAUUCGUCCCCAGCCUGGAGAGGGUGAACGGCGCUACCGAGAGGCCAGUGCCAGGAGGAAGAUCCGCCUGGACAGGAAGUACCUUGUUGUGUCCUGUAAGCAGUCGGAAGUGGCCCUAUCUGUCCCCUGGGACCCUAGCAACCAGGUGUACCUGAGCUAUUACAAUGUGUCCUCUCUGAAGACGCUGAUGGCCAAGGACAACUGGGUGCUGUCGAUGGAGACCGGGGAGGUCCGCCUCUACACCCUGGAAGAGGAGUUCCUGUCCAUUCACUUGGAGAUGGUGGUGCAGGUGGACGCCGCCCAGGUCUUUCAGCUGCUCUCGGACCUGCGCAGGAGGCCAGAGUGGGACAAGCAUUACCGGAGCGUGGAGCUAGUGCAGCAGGUAGAUGAGGACGAUGCCAUCUACCAUGUCAUCAGCCCUGCCCUGAGUGCCAACGCCAAGCCCCAAGACUUUGUGAUCCUGGCUUCUAGGCGCAAGCCCUGUGACAACGGAGACCCCUAUGUCAUUGCACUGAGGUCAGUCACGCUGCCCACGCACCAUGAGACGCUGGAAUAUCAGCGUGGGGAGACCCUCUGUUCCGGCUUCUGUCUGUGGCGUGAAGGGGACCAGUUGACCAAGGUCUCUUACUACAACCAGGCCACCCCUGGCUUUCUCAACUACGUGACCACCAAUGUGGCUGGCCUGUCCUCAGAGUUCUACAACACUUUCAAGUCUUGUGAGAGUUUCCUGUUGGACAACCGGAAUGACCUGGCCCCCAGCCUCCAGACCCUCUAGGUGUGACCCCACCCCGCCCCGCCCCAGGUCUUACACAGUGCGUGGAGCAAAGCAGAGACGUUUAUUCCCCGUGACUCCCCAGGGAAGCCUUCCACGUUAGGUGGUCCGGUCCCACGGAGUGGUCAGUUCCUGCUCACAUCUGCCAGCAAGUGCUCCCGGUGCUCCUGGGGUAUCCUGUAAUAGACUCGUGUCCUGUCCACGGCCCUGGCCGCCCACAGUCCAGCCCACACAUCCGCAUAGCUGUCCCCAGCAGUGCUGUGGUACAUCGUGACAGUGGCUCGAGGGGAGGCUGCCAGCAGCCUGGCCACAGAUGUGGCUGUGCUCCGGCCCGGUAGCCUGGCCUGCAGCUGGAAAGACACAGGUUGCCGGAGACCCUGACACAGCUCCAGCAUAUCUGUGACCAUCUGCUCCUGAUAGCCACUGCCCAGCACCUCUUCAGGCCAGCCCGGUGCCAGAGUCACAUGGGGGAAAACUUCAGCCACAGCUGUGAGCAGCUCUCUGCCGGCCACGUGGCCAGGGACCACAAAACUACCAUGUGAAAUUGUGGCUCCCACCCACACAGGCCAGGGCAGAUGGCCAAGGGUGGAGAGGUGUGCCAGCGUGGCCAGGGAUGGCCGGAGAGCUGCGGGUUCCAUUAUGUUCACAUGGAUGCCCCAGCGCCUGUUGUGGACGCCCAGCUGCAGCAGACAUGACUCCAGGGUCAGAACAGGACCACCCGACGAGUGCAGGAUGGGCACAGGGGUCCCAGCUUCAGGUUCCUGGAGGCCAACAUCCAGCAGGAUCAUGCCUUCUCUGUCUGGAAGAGGCAACGGUGUUUGGCGUUCCUGUCAUCAUGGGAUGUCAGUGUCCCUCGCUAAAGGGGCAGCAGAGGUCAUGGGGACACACGAGGAGAAACUGGUGCCAGCCGCUCUUGAAUCUGCCAGUCCCAUCCCAGGCUCCAAGUCACGCAGCCACCACAAGUCGCUGACUCAGUUCUCGGCCUUCCUGGUGACUCAGAGCUGGGUCACCACCCACCUCUCUAGCUGCACUGUGGUUGAGGACUCAGGGCCGCUGGUCUAAGACCAGGAGUUCCCGCUCUUGGCAUCAUCCCUCCCACUUUGUAGCUAGUGUGUGGCUUAUUAGGUUGCCAUGGUAACAGAGAACCAAGUCACCUACCCAAGCAAGCGACAGGCCUGUGGGUUAGCCGGGAGCCUUAGGGCUGCGGGCACACUCACCAGGGACAGUAAUGGCUGCCGUUCCCCCUCUGCCGUUCACUUCUGGAACCAGCCACUCUACCUCCAGACCAUCACCCCUGGGCUGCUGGAGAAGAGGGAUCAGGCUGCCACCUGUGUAGUAGGUUCGCUUCCGGGUGGUGUUCACUGUGGGACCCAAAAUUGCCAAGGUGACGGGACCACUCCCCACAAACGGCCUCGCACGCGCUCUGGCUCUGCUGCAGCCUGAGCCUUGUCGCUGUCAGUUCCCCCUUGGGUAGGUUCCAAGUCAUUGUCUCACGGUUGACAUUCAGCAGAGUUUACUGGGCCAGAACCAAAUGGAGUUCGAGCUGGUGGCCCCCAAAGCUUGUCUCUUCCCCUUCCGAGACACGGCUCCCUCUCUUAGGGGUGGAAUCUGAUGUGACCCCUUGGGUUGGCUGAAGUGUAGUUGCUCCUAGACUCAGAGCCGAGGGAACAAGGGGUUUGCAUAGUGGCAUCUGGCUCAUGACCUCGUGGGUCCAGAAGAGGGCUGUGCUCCGAGACAUGAGUACCAUCAACCAUGAGUGGGGCUGUGGAAGUGGGGAGGGGCGUGAAUUGGCUAGGUUCUGACCAAACUGUGCUUCUACAAAAUUCGUUGGAGUUUUGGUCCUCCAUUUUCCCUCUCUAUCAGCCAGACUCCAGCUCUGUGGACAGGCAAAGAUUGGCUAGCAUGAUAUCGCCGGGGCAGAAGACAAAUCCUCAGAAUGGUCCUGUCUUCUGUUCCGCCCAGAGGUUCCCCCUUCCAGGCCUCCCCUUCUCUGCUCCUGUGCCCAUCCAAGGCUGCCCUGAGCAGAACACGGGUGCCCCUCCCCAUCCCGGGCCCCAUCCUUACAGGCCAGCUGCUUGAACUGCGACAAGACAGGCUCAAAGAGGUCGUAGUAGAUUUGGUGAGCGGCACUGUUGUCUCGGAUGAAGAGGAGAUCUUCCACCGACACUGGGUCUGAGGCACCCUGCCACAGUGUCAGGCUGUACCUGAGACCAGAGAGCUGACUCAGCACCUUCCCCAGGCCCGGAAAGACCCAACUCCCAUGCUUGGAACUGAAUGGCAGCUCAGCCUAGGAGCAGAACAUCUGUCCUCCAGCUUCCUAGCAGCCUCUCCUCUUGAGCACCGGGGGAUGAUGGGAAGCAGGAGUUCAGGGGACAUGUGUGCCCUUGGGAUGUCUGCCAGAGGCAGAGCAUUGUAGGGCACUGUUAGGCUAGCGGGGCCGGGACAAGGCGGUUGUUAGGACCCCUCCUGCCGUGUUCAUCUUGGGGCAGCUCCCGGGGUGGGUUUGGAACCAGUAGAGGGGGCUUCACCUCUCAGAUUGGCUCAGAAGCCAGCUGAAGUGGGGCCAAGCCGCCCGUGUCAUGAAAGCACGCGCUGGGAAGGUGACCCUCUGUGGCAGGGCGGCCACCAGCUCCUGCAUCCUUUCCACCAUGGCUUGGGUGUACGUGCUGUUUGGCAACUGAGGCACGUAAAGAGUGGUGAAGCCUGGAGAAAUGGUGACCUCUGGAUACUUCUCCUGGACAAGUGCCAGGAACCUGCCGAGAACAGAGAGAUCCAUCUUUGAGACCCCUCGGGCCUCUUCUUGUAGGCUCUUAUUGCCAGGGAUGGGGAACAGCCAGGCGUGUUGAUUCUGGGGCCUUGGAGGCUGGCCACAGAGCCCUCAAGGACAGCAAUGGUUUACACACGCUCAUGCCGAUGCUACUACCCUGUGCUGUCAGGGAGGUCUGGGUCCAAGACCCUACUCUGAGUCUACUGGUCAUCUCAGCCUUGGAUUCUCCAAGAGAGUGACCACCUGCCAGGGCAGGGCCUUUUACACAUACCCGUGUAGACGGAGGGGCGUGAGUGAGGCUUAUGGGAUGUGCGGACCACAGGGUCGGAUGUCCUAUUGUUUUCCUAUGAGCAGGGCAUGGUGGCACACGUCUGUAAUCUCAGCACUUGGGAGGUGGGAGGCAGGAGGAUCAGGACUUCCUUCACCCCCAGCCACAGAGCAAGCACAGGGCUAGCCUAGGCUACAUGAAACUGUCUUGAAGCAAAAAAAAAAAAAAAACAAAAAGAAUUAUUUGGAUUUUGUUCUGAUGCGAAUUUUAAUAGGAAAGUGAUGUCAUCCACCGCCCAGUCCCAGAUGUAUAAAUCAGUACCCCGAGGACAGAAGCCUUAUUUGUCUUGGGCCUUAGCCUACAUUUUUUUUUUUUUUUCAAAAAUUUUUCUUUUCUUCAAAUAGAUCUCAUUUUGAGAAUCAUAGUUGAGUGUUGGCUGGGCAGAUGGAGGGAGAGGCGACUACAAAGCACAAAGGUCGGGGAGGGAAAGGCCGGUGGGAACAUUUGCUCUGUCACUUUGUAGACUUAGACAGGCCACUUAACCUUUCAAAGAUAGUGUCUAUACUCACGGAGGAUCUGACUAGUUGCUACCUCAUUUCUGAAGUGUUCAGCUGUUUUCUGCAAAUAAAACGCUUGAAACCGUGCCUGGGGCACAGCGAACGCUCAA